AUGCUCGCGCGGAGGAGCCCCUUUUCAAAGCUGCUGAGCAGCAGGGUGGCGCAUGCCGUGUGUAGAGGAGGAGGAGGGGUUCCCAAGUGUCACUUCCUACCCAAGCGGCACAAAAGCAGUACGAACGAAUCACAAGACGCAUUCGGGAAGGACAUAACCAAUCAUCACUUCAGCCACCACAGGUAUGUCGACUUCUACCGCGAUGAAUCCAUGAGCAUUGGCAUUGUAAAUUUUAAAAAUAUCAUCAAUGGUAAAAAAAAUAUUUUCGCCGACUUGCUAGAAGAGCUAAAGAAUGUGAUAGAGCACAUUAACAAUAUAAUCUCGAAUGAGGAGAUGAAUGCCUUUUGCAUAAAAGAAUUUCCACGGAAGGACAAUUACUUGGUGAAGAAUUUGCGUAACAGGAUUCCUUACUUGGACAACCGUUUGAAGGUGCUUAUACUUACCGGGGGUAGUAACAACGACCCGGCCGCUACGACUAGCACCCCCGAUUAUAACUCUUUUUUGAAGAAUGACGAGCAACUUAACGUCGAGCUGUCCAAUUCCUUCCGCUACCUUUGUAACACAAUCCAGCACCUCCCCCUGAUCACCAUCAGUAGCAUCAACGGCCAAUGCUAUAACAGUGGCAUGGACCUGAUGUUAUCCUCAGACUUCAAAUUUUCAAGUGAGGAGAGUACAUUCGGUUUCAACAAAACACAUUUAGGUUUAUUCCCUUACGGAGGCAGCACGCAAAAGUUAUUCAGAACAAUCCCACUGAGUUAUGCAAAACACCUUUUACUUACAGGAGAUAUUAUAAGUGCGCAAGAUGCAUUAAGAAUAAACCUAAUUGAUGUAUGUAUGAACAAAAAUGAGGACUAUUUUAUUAACAACUCUUGUGUUACAUUUGAGAAGAGCUUAACGAAAAAAGAAAAAGUCGACAUUUUAAAAAAAAGUGUUUUAACUUUUUUUUCCGAUAUUUUUUCAAAUAAAUUAUUUGAGGACAAAAUGGAGGACAGCUGUUUUGUCUUUUCUCUUUUUUUUGCUUUUCAAUUUUUAUUCAUCCCGACCAAUGCUCUGCAGAGUGUUAAGAUGAGCAUCAUGGAGGGCAUGUCGCUCGGCGAGCCAAACUUGUACUUAGACCACGACAGGGCUGUGUUUGAGCGAAAUAUCAAUGCGCCCCAGAGGGCGGAAAUUCUCGCCUACUUGAAGAGAAGAGCGGCUACCCCAACCACGCUGCCGACGUAA